AUGGACGAUUUCGACGGAGAUAGCAGUCCUCACUUCGGUGCGGCAAGACAUUCGGGGUCGAUCAGCGGUGACAUUGAGCCUCAAACGCCGGAUGUGUUUGAGUGUCACGACGCACACGGCAACGGGAAGAAGGGCGAGCUCCCAGCAGUGCUCCAAGGCCGCCCAAAUCACUCCGUUCACUGUGAGAGGACCACAGGGAGUGGUCCUUCUGGGCAAUGCUUCAGCUACUCCUACCCUCUAUGCCGGCGAACAUCCUCAGAUUCAAACGCUUCGCCACGCAACGAAAACAGUUUCGUAUCCGAGGAGGCAAGUCCGCUCGGAGGACCUGACGAGCACGAGGAGCCAACAUGCACACAGCGGUUCCUUUGCCCGACGUUUUCAUGCGCUGUGUCGAGCGUAGGCAGUAACAACUUUGGAAUUGACCAAGUCACAGAUCCGAGAACGGACUCCAGUGCGGGCACACCUCCACCAAGCUAUGGAAACCGAAAUGGUCGUGACAUUCAGAGCUCUUUCAGUAGCCAGAAUAGCCAGCAUCCAAUCUCACGAGGCUCCUCCGCGUCCCGAUUGACGCCCGCAUCGGCAUUGUCCAACACUGAGUCUGAAGACAGGAACGUAGCACCGCUUGCUGAGGGCGAAGAAGGUGUGCUUUUCGGCAUCGUGGGGGGAUCAGACCCGGAGAAACCGUACCCCUGCAUUGUCCUCCGAAGCGCUAUUGAAGCGAUGUCAACGGGCACCUCACUCAGUUUAGGUAACGACUCGGGCGAGGGCCCCAGCAGCGGAGCGUCUAUCUGCGAGCCCAGUAGCGCGUCCAAGGGCGCGGGCCACGGAACAGUAGACACCGUGACGGAGACCUUUCCCUUUCAAGAUCACAGCAAGGGACCCUGUCCGUCAGGCAUAUUCGAGGCAGAGCAGGAGGGAUACGCGGGGGACGCGUGCCCGGAUCAGACCGGAAGAAGUCUACAAAUUUUUCCUGAGAGUAUGAGUGACUACGACGCCUGGGAGCUACACCGUAUGCACGCCAACACACGAAUCGUCUCCAACAGAGUGAUGGAUGCCCGUCCACAAAACGACGUAGUAAGUCAGGAAGUGCAAACGCGGCUUCCAGCGCGGGGUUUGAACAAGUCCGUUCAGACCCGCACGGCGACAGCAGAUGUCAGGACGCAAACUAAACGAGCGGGACGGUGCCAGAGAGGAGUGCAGUGCGAUAUGACAAGGAAAAUAGCCUCGUUUGCCCAUGAAGAGUUAGUCAAUCAGCACAGUCAGGUGGUGCGUCAUUUGGAGUCGAAGGUGUCGACGGUUCGGAUGCUCAAUGAGCGCCUACAAGAUGAGCAGCGUCAAAAGGAGGUAGGGCUCCAACGGUUGGAGGAAAUCCAGUUAUUUGUGGAAGAGCUGCAAGGCCUGUUGAGAAAGACCACCAGGACUCUUUCGUCGGUCCGAGCUGAGCUUGCGGAAGAAAAGAAACGAUCCGAACGCCGGACCGCCGAGGAGCAGGCAUACUCACGCGCCCAACAGAGUGAGAAAGAAAGUACGGACAGAGAACACCAGCUCUUGGUAUGUGCGCUUCAGACACAGCUGAAGCACGCAAGAGCACAGCUGGAGCAAGCGGAAGAAGAAAGGCAACUGGAAGUUUCCAGAGAGGUUCGAAAAACGGUGGCUGCUAAGCAGCAUGCACAGGAACUCGACCAGCAGUACACGGCCCAGCUCCGUCUCCUGCAGGCGCGUUACGAGGAAGACAGCGAAGCGAUAAAACAAGCUCAAGAAGAAAUUCUCACUCUCCGCAAGGAAUUGCGAGACAAGGAAUCCCAACAUGCUCGGGUCUUACAUGAUACCGAGCGCCAGAAAGAUGCUGAAUGCGCACACGUGGAGGCAACGCAGAAGGCUAACGCUCUAUCUAUUAAGAAAGAGCUAAUGGACAGAAGCUUGGAAGUCGAUAGGCUUCGUGCGACAUUGGCCAGCCUCGGAGAGCGACUCAACAGAGUGCACCACGAGCAUCUUCUAGAGGUUCAAGUUUUGGAGAGGAGCCAUCAGGCAAAGAUCCAGCAGACGCUUCUGGAACACAAGCGAGCUCUCGACAGUCACAAGAGGUACGCUCAGCAGCUCCGAGAAAUGGCUGCAAUGGGGAAGGAAGAUUUCGCCAGUGGACUGGAGACCCAGCGACAGUGUUGGGAAGACAGGACUGCACGCCUGCGGAGUGAAGUGGAGCACGCCCGGGCUAGAGACCGACAGAGCGCUAAAACAAUUGCCGAACUCAAGGCGUCAGCUGAGUCCUACAAAGCGCUAGCUGGAGAGCUCCAGUCGGACCUGAGAGACAAGAUUGCCACCGCGCAUCACCGAGAGGCGGAGCUUGCCAUUCUUCGAUGCGAAAGGGAAGACCUUCAGCAGACUUUGCAGGCAUCCGUCGCUGAAUACCAGACUUUCCGCGAAGAAGCAAAAAUAAUGAAAAACAAGCUGCUAAGUGCCAUCGACGACAAGGAAGAGGCUCUCGCACUGGCAGAGGCGCGCCUUGCCGAUGAGUUCACUGUCCUCCAUGUUGACGUGGCAGAGCCUAUCACCCGCGAGCGAUGCACGCACGGCAAAAGGAAAGCUGCGCGCCGAAGGCAUAUGGUUCCGAUAAGC